AUGAACAGUGUAAUGGAUAAAAAUAAAACGGAGAUCCCUGAAUCUGUAGUGAAAUGGUUGUUUCAAGUGAUUCAACCUAUAUACAAACAUGACCCAAGAGCAACAUUUCAUGAUUCGAUGGUCACAUUAACCCAGUUUGGUCAAUUGCGUCCUCGUACAAGAGUAUUCACGGGGUCAGAUGGUCUUUCACGAUUAUUGUUAAUGUUAUAUGGCUCACUCAAUGGAAUACCGAUACUAAUAUGGUUACCAGAGGAUUAUCCUGCUACGGCUCCUUUAGUUUAUAUAGAUAUUGAAAAAAUGGAUGCAUCUCAGAAGUAUGGCUCGUUGAUACAAAAUGAUGGACAAUUAAAUUUAUCCAUGUUCUUUAAUGUAUGGGAUCCACAAACUAGUAAUAUUGCUCAAAUGGUUCAAGCAAUUGACCAAUUGGAACGUACAAGUUUAAUAGAGAGUUCACAAAUACCGAAUACACAAACAGACACUACCACUGUCCCUUCAGCAGAUUCAUCAAUGUCACCACCACCUUUACCUCCAAAACCUGGACAAUCAACAGUGCCUAUAUCCAAACCUCAAAUUCCAAGGCGUAUUCCUGCACCACACACAGAACCAAGAGUCAAUGUACCGCAACAACAACAACAGCAGCAACAACAACAACAACAACAGCAGCAACAACAACAACAACAACAACAGCAGCAACAACAACAGCAACAACAGCAACAACAGCAACAACAACAAGUUGUGGAUCUAAUGGAUUCAUUGACAUUAGAUGGGGAUAAACAACAUGAUCAAUUACUUAUUGCUUUGGAAGAAUUAUUACAAAAAUUACAUACAGACUCAGAAAGAUCUAUGGAUCUUGAAGUGACAGAUUAUUCCAUGAAAUAUCAGGAUGUCAUAUCUAAAUUCAAUGAGAAUUUAGAAUAUCAGACACAAGCUGUACAAUAUGUCAAUGACAAUAUAACAAGACAUAGAGAAUCCCUAAUGAUACAAAUGACAGCAUUACAUGAAUUUCAAGAUACUAGACUAGAUGCACAAGAACCUCCUCGAGACGUUGACGAGAUCGUCACGACUGCAGAUGAUCUCUUGUACAAGUUUGUAUCUCUCGAUUUGGCUCUUACAGAUGCUCUACAACUUUGUAACCAAUUACUCAGUAAAGGGUCACUCACUGUAGAUCAAUUCAUCAGAGAGACAAGAUAUCUCGGUACUUUACAGUUCCAAACUCGCGAUGCUAUCCUAACAAGAUCAGCCACACUUACAUAA